AUGUAUAAUCCCGUCUGUGGAGAUGGCACUGCCGAGACCUUUUUCGAUGAGCAUGUCUUUCCUCGUCUCGAGGAAGCACAUAUCCAAGUUACCCAAAAGAUGGCAACUGGAGCCGCUGGACAUGCGGGUACCAUAGCGUUCGACUUUCUCGAACGAUAUGAGGGCAACGUGACAGUCAUAUUGGGCUCCGGCGAUGGAACGUUGCACGAAAUCAUCAACGCCCUCUCACUCGUGGCACUGAAUGGUGUACGCAAGAAUGUUGUAUCAUCCUCAGUUCGUGUAGUUCUUGUCCCAUGUGGGACGGCAAACGCUCUCUACUGCUCAUUGUUCAAGCCAAUCUCCAUGAAUGAGGGCCCAGCAUACAAGCUGAAGUCUCUUGAAGCAUUCAUCAUGGGUUCGGAUGUCGUUCCCCUCACACUGACUGUCACGACCCUAUCUGCUCCACCGAGCUCAAAGCAAAGUUGUUCCAAGGUCGCUGUCUCAGCGGUAGUGACCUCUACUGCUUUGCACGCAUCUAUCCUCCAUGAUUCCGAGAGUCUGAGGAAAGAACUGCCAGGCAUUGAAAGAUUCAAAGUUGCUGCGAAGAACAACAUUACACAAUGGUACAGCAGCCAUGUCAAGCUGUUGCCUGCGCCAUCUGCUCAGGCUGUGGAGAUAUACGAUCCAGACCAAAAGACUUUCGUAAUUCACAAGGAUUCAGAUGCUCAUGGAAUUGUGGAUGUGCAUGGUCCAUUCGCAUACUUUCUUUCUACCGUCAAUGUCGAUCGUUUGGAACCUGCUUUUAGAAUCACCCCUCUUGCGUCCGACUUUGUUUCGUCGGAGGUCUCACUAGACCUUGUCAUGGUUCGACCUCACCGUGAUCCCACCUUUGUCAUGGAUACCAUAGAAGCUCGAAAUGCCUUUGCAGAGAAAUCAGUUGCUGUGCUGACUGCAGCAUACCAAGAUGGGAGCCACAUCAACUUGAGAUACACCGACGAUGGAAAGAUAACCAAUGAAGGGACAGGUCCCACUGUGAUAGAAUAUAUCCGAUGCAAAGGAUGGGAAUGGAUACCUGAUGAGGUCGAUGAAAGGGCCCACCUUGUAUGCUCAGAUGGAGCCAUAUUCUCAAUUGUGAAAGGCGGAAAGGCAGCAUGCAGUGCAGCAGUACCAGCCGAUGGUGCAGAAUUUUCGGUAUACGUUUAA